GCACAAACAAAAAUGUAGACACGAUAAUCUAUUGGUGUAAUCUGUAGGCUACAAAUCAUUUCGACUGAGCAAAUAGUUAAAGAUAAUGUCUUUUCGAGAUGUUAGAGACCUCUCGGAGCACCUAAAGCUGCUAGGCUACCCGAACAACAUUCCCAUCUCUGUGCUUAACACCCCUUUCGGUGGACCCGAGAGUUUUGUCGCCUACUCGGACAUACUUACGUGGCUCGUAAGUCGGCUGGAGCCAAACCUGCAGCUCGCAGGAGGCACUCGCACCGAACAAGAUCGUAUUGCUUUCGUUCGAUCGGCUACCGAGUUUUUAGUGACAAAGUCCAACAUCAAGGUGAAUCCUCGCAAACUGUACGCAAGCUCGGCAGCAGCAUCCGCUGAACUGCUAAAGGUCACAUCUCUACUGAUCUCAUCACCAAAAGUAACAGGAGCGGAUGAUGAAUCUAUAAAAUCUCACGUUGAAAUUGAUUUGUCCGAUAAAAUAGAGGAUCUGAAAAAGGUGCGAGGGUUAUCGUCCGAGCUAACCAACAGAGGAGCAACCCUUCACGAUCUACUUCGGAAAGAAUUGGUGAAUCGAGAAACUCGUACAAUCCAAUCCAGUCGUCCACUGGAGUUGGCUACAGUCGAGAAGGUUAUCAAAUCGGCAUUAGGUACGCUUGAGUCUAAGCUGGGCAACUCCCGGGCAACCCUAGAGAAUCUUAAAGCUGAGAAUGGCAAUCUCCACUCCAAAAUACAACGUAAAUCAUCCGAGCUGGAACGAUCGAAGCAACGCUUACAGGCACUGCAGAAAGUUCGACCCGCCUAUCUGGAAGAGUUCGAAAAGCUCGAGGUCGAACUGAAAAACCUAUACGAACAGUACAUCAUUCGUAUUCGGUGUGUAGACGCUUUAAAAUCGCAACUGAUCAGCAAAAAUCGUACCCCUACACCGACUUCACCGAUCGCCAAAAUGGUCGAUAGCAGCUUGACUAUCCUGCCUGAGGGGUUGAUGGAUUCUGAUGAUGAAAACGACGAUGAUUUGGAUGAUUUCGAUGAACGAGAAGACGUGAAACUGAAGUCCGACAAACGUGUACUGAGGAGUGAGCUACUAAACCGUGAUCGUGGAUCUACAAGAUUCCGCAGCAGACAUGCUGAAGGGGGUGCUCCCCCUAUGAGCGGACGCGAUCGGGCUCGGGUUAUCGGCAGCAUGAAUGAUGAUCUAGGACCGCUAGAUAGUUCCCUGGGGAGCUCGGCAGAGUCGGAAAGUGAUCUGGAAAUGAAUGGUAGUAAUGGAUUAAUCGAUGAGCUCCGCACGGACGACGACGACGAAGACGACGAAAGUUUGACAAAGCUGACUAGGGAAAAUUCAACACUCAAUCGCAGCGCUAAGCAGGACCAAAGUGACGAGGAUUUCUAAUUCUUUCAAGUAAUUAACGAGUCACGUUUUUUAAAACACAAUAAAAAUGUACAUCAAUUUAUACACCAGAAAUACGCAAUAGUAGUGACGUCGAGGGUUGCAUUAAAAUCAACUUGAGCAGGGCUAGGGCUUUCUUUCCAAUACUUAC